CUGGCGGGGCCGGCGCCAUUUUGCCGGAGCCUGCGACCGAGUGGGAGUGGAGUGGAGCGGCCGUUGUUGCCGACUCUUUCCUCCUCCCCACGGUCCAGUCAGCGGUUGAUUAGGCCAUCGGCCCUCAAGCCGAGACUUGUCUCUCAUUUAGUUUUGGGGAGCGUCUGGCCGACAUGAGUGAUGUAGAGGAGAACAACUUCGAGGGCAGAGAGUCUCGCUCUCAGUCAAAAUCUCCAACGGGAACUCCUGCUCGUGUAAAAUCGGAGAGCAGGUCAGGAUCUCGUAGUCCAUCAAGGGUUUCCAAACACUCUGAAUCCCAUUCUCGAUCAAGAUCAAAAUCCAGGUCGAGGUCAAGGAGGCAUUCUCAUAGACGUUACACUCGAUCCAGAUCCCAUUCUCACUCUCAUAGGAGACGAUCUCGAAGUAGGUCAUAUACACCUGAAUACCGGCGUCGUAGAAGCCGAAGUCACUCUCCAAUGUCUAACCGGAGAAGACAUACAGGCAGCAGGGCAAAUCCAGAUCCCAACACUUGCCUUGGAGUGUUUGGCCUCAGUUUGUACACAACAGAGAGAGAUCUUCGUGAAGUAUUUUCUCGAUACGGACCAUUGAGUGGUGUCAAUGUGGUUUAUGAUCAGCGAACUGGACGAUCACGAGGAUUUGCUUUUGUUUAUUUUGAAAGAAUAGAUGACUCAAAGGAGGCAAUGGAAAGAGCAAAUGGAAUGGAGCUGGAUGGUCGAAGAAUUCGUGUGGAUUAUUCUAUUACCAAGAGAGCGCACACACCUACACCUGGCAUCUACAUGGGCAGACCAACUCAUAGUGGCGGUGGCGGUGGCGGAGGUGGUGGUGGAGGUGGAGGAGGUGGCAGGCGUCGGGAUUCUUACUAUGAUAGAGGAUAUGAUCGUGGGUAUGACAGAUAUGAAGACUAUGAUUACCGGUACAGAAGAAGAUCACCUUCUCCUUACUAUAGUCGAUACAGAUCACGAUCAAGAUCUCGUUCCUACAGUCCACGACGCUAUUGAUAAACAGAAUGGUUGCAGAUGAGGACAUCUUUCUCUCUCUCUUUUUUUUUUUUUUUUUUUUUUUUUUCUUUUUUUUGGUUUAGUUUGGUGUGUUUCGUUUUUUGUUUUUGUUUUUGGUUUUGGUUUGGUUUUUGUUUUGUUUAAUUCUGGAUUUCCCCAAGCUUCUAAUCCUUCUUACUCCUUUAAAAAGAACCUUUGGAAAAAAAAAAUCUUCGGUUUAUUUACCAUCUACACUUUGUCAGUUGUAUUGCUGUUUCCACCCCUUUUAGUAUACUCUUAAAGAUGUAAUUGUUGUCAUUUUGAGUAGUUAAACAUCUUAAGUAAAAAAGGAAUCCCCAGUGUUACACUUUGUAAAUGUUUUUUUUUUUUUCCUUUGCUUUGCUUUUACAGAAAAUUAACUCCUGGCUAAUCAAAUGAGGAAAGAAAUGAUCUUUUUAAAGCUUCUUUUGUGUUAGAUAUUGUAUCAGACAUUGUACUAGAGACCUGCAUUUAAAACAAACUCCUUUUUUAACUUGUUUUGGGAAAGGUAGUAACACAUAAAGUAGUUCAGUCAUGUCAAGUUUGUCUGGGGUGGCAUGGAGCAGUCAAAUAGUGUAGAAAGUUUGAAGCUAUAAAAGAAAACACUUGGUCAUUUCUUUUGAAGAACGAAAUUUUUGAACCCUAAAAAUUAUGUCUUUUUUUUUUCUUUUUUUUUUUUUUAAGAGAUAAAAAGCUUGUGGACUCCUACAAAACAUGUUGUAUUUAAAAUACAUCUGUUAAAAUUUAAAGUGUGAUUUUUGUGUUGAAUUUAUUGAAGUUUAAGUAUUCCCUUAAUCAGUGAAGGACAACUCUUAUUUAUUACUUAGAGCAAUUGUAUACUUUGCUGUUAGAAAUUUUGGUAUUGGGACAAUGGUUAAGCAGGCUAUUAUUGUAUAGUAUAGAGUCCUUAGAAGAUAAGUGUGAGGAAAAGUAGUCUCCUUUCAAAUAAAAGUUAAUUUCUUUGAAAAUGA